AAAAGCAGUAGAGUGGGAGAGAGGGAGGGACAGGGAGAGGGAGCGUAGAUCGGAAGAGGCGGACGACGGAGCGGAGUAGGGAGGCGCGCCGGCUGCAGCUAGUAGGCGACGCGAUCAUGUCUUGGUGGCAGAGGAAGGUAGUGAUCCCCGUCAAGCGAGCGUGGCUCGCCGUCUCCGCUCGCGUCAUCAAGUCGCGCAAGCACGGUGGGGGAAUACUUAAACUCAACGACGAUGUGCAAAUGUGUGGAUACCGGGAUGUGCAAGUUAUGUGGGAAAUCUUAACUAAAUCUGAUGUGGAAACAUCAACCGUGUCAAAGCCGCGCAAGAGAUCAUUUUGGAGGCUCUCAUCUUGGUAUAGUAGAGCGACAUCAACCUAGUUUCUUGAAGCCUUUCGGUGAAAGAUCCAAGCAUAUAUAGAGCGUGAGCUCUUCUAUACUUGC